AUGUCGUGUUCUGCCGUAAACUGCACAAACCGAAGUAGUCAGGGUAUUCGGCUAUUCAGAUUUUCGGCUCAACUUGAACGCAGAAAAAUUUGGAUAAAGAAGAGCUCAAUGGCAGUCUACAGAAUCUGCUCGUCUGUUCAUUUUGAAGAGAACCAAUUCGAAAGAAGAAGGAUAGAUGGCUGGAUUAAAUUAAAAUGGGACGCCAUUCCUACAAUUUUUAAUGUUCCAAAUCCACCAAAGAGUGUGAUAGCAAAAAGAAAAUCCAAAUACAAGAUACCUGAUGAUACUACAUUGAGUGUUGGACCAAAUGAAAUUGAAAAUACAACUGAUAAAAAUAUUCAGUCAUUGCAGUCUUCAUUACAAAUGGAAAAUGAAAUGUUGAGAAAGGAAAACGACCGUUUAAAAAGAGCAAAUGAGCAGUUUCUUAAAUAUCUAGAACAAAAAAAUGACAAUUUAAACAACAACUAG